ACCUGCCCAGGCCAGCACACACAGGAAAAGAGAAAGAGAGAAAGAGAGAAAGCGGAAAACUUCAGCUGAUCUCCUCAUGGCUGUUCUUACGAUCUGAGGACUUUACCAUGACGCGCCAGGACUUUAUAUCAAUCAUCAGAGGAGUUCAUGACAGCUCUAUAGAUUGACAGCGUGGAUCUUUAGGUUUAGAGACUUAACGCGUGGUUUGUUUAUUCGCGAUCGAGACAAACUUGCGCCAAAACGCGCGUGCGGACGCGGAGACUUGUGCGCGGAGGUCAGCGCGGGCGCGUAUUGAGUCGCGAAAGGUACGAGACUAGCGCACUUCUGUGAUCCGGACUUUAGGGUUCAAACUUCCCUCCUUUUCCUUUGUGCCGGAGGACUAGAGCAGGCCGGUGGCGCGCAGCAGCACCAGGCCGCGGGUUAAGACGCCCUAAACGGGCGUUCGAGGAAUAGAAGUGAUUUUACAGAACAAAAAAUGGAUCCAAACUCAGCAUCUGCUGGUGCUCCCAAAAGUGGGAAAGACAAGGAGAAGAAAAGCAAGAAGAACUAUGACGAAGGAGACGGAAAGAAGAAAUUUACUCUCAAACGGCUGAUUCCUGAUGAGCUGGAGCGCUUCACCAGCAUGCGGACGAAGAAGGAGAAGGAGAAGUCGGGCACGAUGGGAAUCAGACACUCAUCAGCCGCCCAGUAUCAAGUUCCGUCCCAGAGCGCCUCGCUGAACGAGCUGUCAGACGAGUCUGUGCUGGAGCUGUUUGAGCAGAUGCUGGUGGAUAUGAAUCUGAAUGAGGAGAAGCAGCGGCCGCUGAGGCAGAAGGAUAUCGUCAUCAAGAGAGAGAUGGUGUCUCAGUACCUGCACACCUCCAAUGCUGGUAAGAGUCAGAAGGAGAGCUCGAAGUCAGCGCUGAUAUACAUCCAGGAGCUGAAGACCGAUCUGAGAGACACACAGUUACUGAGCUGCCUGGAGUCACUGCGUGUGUCAUUAAACAACAACCCCGUCAGUUGGGUCCAGACGUUUGGAGCCGAGGGUUUGGCUUUGCUUCUGACAUUCCUCAAGAAACUUCAAGACGAGAGAGAAGAACCUUUGAAUGCUGGGAUUGGUGUAAAAUGUCAACAUGAGAUAAUUCGAUGUCUCAAAGCGUUCAUGAACAACAAGCACGGUCUCAAAGCUAUGCUGACAUCAGAAGAAGGAAUCCCUCUCCUUGUCCGAUCCAUCAAUCCAAACGUCCCGCACAUGAUGGUGGAUGUAGUCAAACUGCUGUCUGCCAUCUGUAUCCUCGAGCAUCCAGGAAACACUCAUGAGCGAGUUCUGGAGUGCAUCACUGAGCAGGCUGAGGAGCAGGAGAUCGAGAGGUUCCAGCCGCUGCUGUCCGGCAUGCAUAAAAACUCCAUCACGCUCAAGGCCGGCUGUAUGCAGCUGAUCAACGCUCUCAUCAGUCGAGUGGAGGAGCUGGACUUCAGGAUCCACCUGAGAUCAGAGCUCAUGAGACUGGGACUCAAAGACCUGCUGAAGGAGGUGAGGUCGAUAGAGAACGAGGAGCUCAAGGUUCAGUUGCAGGUGUUUGAAGAACAAGCUGAUGAUGACUCUGAAGAUCUUCGCUCCCGGUUGGACGACGUUCGUCUUGAGAUGGAUGAUGUGACUGAAGUCUUCCAGAUCUUGAUGAACACGGUGAAGGACUCUAAAACUGAACCUCUCUUCCUGUCUCUGAUGCAGCACCUGCUACUGGUGCGAACCGACUACAUGGCCAGGCCUCAGUACUAUAAACUCAUCGAUGAGUGUACGGCUCAGAUCGUUCUGCACCGGAACGGCUGUGAUCCAGACUUCAAAUGCAGGAAGUUUGAUCUGGACGUGGGCCAUCUGAUAGAUAACAUGGUUGAUCAGACCAAAGUGGAAGUGAGUGAAGCUAAGGCCACGGAGCUGGAAAAGAAGCUGGACGCAGAGUUGAUGGCCCGUCACGAGCUGCAGGUGGAGCUGAAGAAGAUGGAGUCCGAUUACGAGCAGAAGGUUCUGGAUCUGAGCACUGAGAAAGAGAAGCUGGGGAAAGAGAAGAAUGACCAGGAGAACGAAAACCAGGGCCUGCAGUCAGAAAUCAGCCAACUCAAAGAGAAGAUUGAGAAGCUCUCAGAAGAUCUCAAAGAAGCCAAAGCGAAGGUCAUCACCGUACAUGUGCCUGUGGCUCUGCCCCCCAGCCAAUCAGCUUCCUCGGUGCCACCUCCACCUUGUCCUGCUGGAGCCUACCUCCCUCCUCCUCCCCCACCACCUCCUCUACCAGGACAGACGGUGCCCCCACCACCACCUGCUCCACCUCUGCCCGGAGCACCUGGCCUGCCUCCGCCCCCUCCACCACCUCCUUUACCUGGAGCACCUGGUCUGCCGCCACCCCCUCCGCCACCCCCUCUUCCUGGAGCACCCGGUAUGCCACCACCCCCACCUCCUCCGCCUUUACCGGGCGCAUCUGGAAUGCCGCCUCCUCCUCCUCCUUUACCUGGAGCACCUGGUAUGCCACCGCCUCCGCCUCCUCCGCCAGGGAUGCCCGGUAUGCCUCCACCGCCUCCUCCGAUGGGCGGUCCUGGGAUGCCUCCGCCCCCUCCGGGCGGGUUUGGUGGAUGGGCGCCUCCUGUUCCUCAGCUGCCCUUCGGCCUCCAGCCUAAGAAAGACUACAAACCUGAGGUGCAGCUGAAGAGAGCCAACUGGAGCAAGAUUGCACCGGAGGAGCUGUCUGAAGGCAGUUUCUGGGUGAAGGCGAAAGAGGAGCGCUUUGAGAACAAGGAGCUGUUUGCCAAACUCACUCUGACCUUCUCCUCCCAGACCAAGACCUCUAAAGGUAAGAAGGAUCAAGAGGCAUCUGAGGAUAAGAAAAACACUCAGAAGAAGAAGGUGAAGGAGCUGAAGGUGCUCGACUCCAAAACAUCCCAGAAUCUCUCUAUAUUCUUGGGUUCAAACAGGAUGCCUUAUGAAGAGAUGAAGAAUGUCAUCCUGGAGGUCAACGAGAAAGUUCUCACUGAAAACAUGGUGCAGAGUUUGCUGAAGCUGCUGCCGGAGCAGGAACAACUGAACACAUUAUUAGAGAUGAAAGACGAGUAUGAGGAGCUGGCUGAGUCUGAACAGUUUGGAGUUGUGGUCAGUUCAGUGAAGCGUCUGAAGCCCCGUCUGACGUCCAUCCUCUUCAGACUUCAGUUUGAGGAGCAGGUGAAUAACGUCAAGCCGGACGUGGUGGCGGUGACGGCCGCCUGCGAGGAGCUUCGGAAGAGUGAGAGCUUCGCCAAAGUGCUGGAGAUGACGCUGCUGCUGGGAAACUUCAUGAACGCAGGAUCACGCAACGCCAAAGCUUUCGGCUUCAGCAUCAGUUACCUGUGCAAGUUGAGAGACACUAAAUCAGCCGAUCAGAAACAGACUCUACUGCACUUCCUGGCGGAAAUAUGUCAGGAGCAGUAUCCUGAGGUCAUGACCUUCUCAGAGGAGCUCAUCCACGUGGAGAAAGCCAGCAGAGUGUCAGCAGAGACACUUCAGAAGAAUCUAGAUCAGAUGGGAAAGCAGAUUAAAGACCUGGAGAAAGACAUCGAGACGUUCCCCCCUCCGCAGAGUGACAGAGACAAAUUCGUAGAGAAAAUGACCAGUUUUGUCGCAACGGCUGGUGAGCAAUUUGAGAAGCUCAAGCUGAUGCAUGAGAACAUGGAGAAGCAGUAUGAGGAUUUGGGCGAGUACUUUGUCUUCGACCCCAAGAAAAUGAGUCCAGAAGAGUUCUUCGGUGACCUCAACAACUUUAGGAACAUGUUCCAGGUCGAUGAUGAGACUGGUAUCAUGGAUGGUUUGUUGGAGGCGCUGCAGUCUGGAGCUGCUUUCAAAAGGAAGAGAGGACCACGACAAGCAGCCAACAAUCGGAGAGGAGCCGGUCAGGCCGUGACAAACAUUCUCGCCAAAGAGCUUCUUCAAGAGGUAGCCCCGCCCAGUGCCAUGAAAAAGACCCGAUUGGAAGCGGAGGACAGGAAAGAGUUGUCUCCGGAAGACACGGGCUCGCUGGAGGACCUCUUAGACGACGCUCCAUUACGCUCAAAUUAAGGACUUCCUCUGCUGAUCCUGCCGGUUAAAAGGACCACGUCUGCGAGGGCGGGGCUCUCGCUAAACCACACCCCUCGAGUAAGCCCACACGGCUUCCUAUUGGCCGUCAUACUGGAGGAGUGGCCUCAUCUCAUCACUGUCACAGUCAUUUUGUCAUUGUCUAGCACUCUUUCUCUAAACACAAGAUUUCAUCUGUCCGUUAUCUCUGUUGUCUGCAUUUGCAAAGACUCCAAAGAUUUGUAUAUAGAUUCCAGAACAUUUUUGUUCCAUUCCAAAUUCAUCUGAAUAUCCUCUUCUGGUUCCUUUUUAAAACAAACAUCUGUUUCUCUUUAACAUUUAGCUUUUUUGUUUUGCUCUUUCACUUUAAAACGCAUCACAUGGCUGAAAGUUUGAAAUAAGUCACAUUAUUGUACUCGAAACGCAAUGUGCCAAUAAUGUCGAUCCCAUAAAUGCAUGUUCAAUUAGAGUAUACUUGGUGUUCUCACUGAGGUUCUGUAGCCAUCACAAGGAGGUCUGGUACCUGUUCACAAGAUUAUUUCUCUCUUCCUGUGCUCUUCUGUUUCUGUCAUUUUAAGUGAAUGGUGUUGUUUGAAUCUCAAAAAUACUUGUAUUUUUCACUGGCUACAAUCAAUGAGCCUCAUUCAUUCCAGUCAUUCAUAAAACCAUUCUUGUAUAAAUCAUUGCAUGGAAUUAAAUGUGACAAUUUAUGCAAGAAUGGUUUCAGAUAGAACUGAUAAAACAUUAGUAAAAAAAGUGCAUAAAUUGUUGCAUUGAAUUGAAUGCAAUAAUCUACUUCACAGUGGUUUUCAUGAAUUGCAUUGGUCAGUUAUGCGUGUUUUCAUAAAUGUCCGUCGUGUUUUUGUGUUUGUGCUAUAGUUCUAUGGAUAUGCUGAUCCAAUCUGCUGAUUCAUACAUCACACAAUUUUCAGUGGCAUUUCACCAUCACAAGAUAAAUCAUUUUUAAUUUACUGCCAGACAUUGAGUAAAAAGUGAACUGGGCAAAAGUAACAUUGACAGGUCCUUUGGCAUUUAUUUCUCUGAUAAACGGUUUGAUCAAGACAAAUCUGAGGGACUGUGGCAGAGCACUUCUAUCAUUGGUGCUGAAAUAUCUGCACAUAGAUUUAUUAAACUUUAGUAUUUUUCAUUGCAGUCUUCAGAAGAUGGUGACCAAAUGUUCCUGCCUUUGUCGACUGAUCACCAGCUGAUACUGUUUAACCUUUCGAGCGUUAAGAUUGCUCUCGAGUCGUAAACUAAGUUUGUGUCAGUGACACGGGGAAAUAUGACCUCAGAGUUUCAGCGUUGCAAUAUGACUUACCUGAAUGUUGAUGUUGGCUGAAAGUUUGAGGGUAGAGAUCACUGUUUAAAGCCAUAGCUCGGACUGCAUUUGUCAAGAAAUCCUGAGAAUUUUUCUUUUCCCGAUGAAACUAUAUUAAAAUAUAUAUGCAUUUAUGUAAUGUGUGUAAAACGACGUCAAUGUUUUGGCAGUGGUCCGUUCUCUAAAUGCUGCCUAGAAACUAGUAAGUCCGAAAGAGCUUGAGAACAUCCUGCUUUUUUGUUUUUCUGGAGUUUUUGAAGCCAAAUUUCCAAUUUUUGACAUUUUUGUGGACUGCAGUUUUAUAAAACUGGGAGCCAACAGAUUCUGCUUCAAAGCCGAUUGAUCGUAUUGGUGGUUGUGCAAGUCAGUUUCACUUUAUUGAAAAAACUGGAUAAAGAUCACUGGAAAAACAAAGAGACUGUGUGUUUUCUUUGUUUUGAUGUUUUUUUUUAGAACACAGUUUUUCUUUGUCUAUUUUUAUUGUUGGUUGUUUUAUUGUAAUAAUAUAGAGAUUGUAAUGGUGAGAUCCAUUUGGUCAAAUUGUGUAUAUUGCGUUUUGACUGUAGAGAUGUUUAUUCUGGUUGUCUCUAAGCCACACUAUUAAAACAUCAUCUUUAAUACUUA